AUGUUCUUGCGCGGCGCUAUUCCGGCCCUUUCCUCACCCCAUCCCGCCCCAUCGCGUCGGAUCGCGAACGGGGUGGCCCGAAAGUCGAAGAUUGGCAGCCUUCGCGCGAUUCGCACGGUCUUUUUUUCUCAACUUCAGCACCCCCCCGUGGGGGGGUUUGCCUGGCCGCGGGCUUCCUCCUGUUUGCAGGGGUUUCCCCUUUCGCACGCCGCGCGUUUCCUCCAGUACGAGACCAGCGCGGCGAACUUCGACACGCAAGUCCUGCAAUCCGAGCAGGCGAUUUGUUUGGUGUACUACAUCCGCAAUACGAGCUGCUCGACCUUUCUUCGCCAUGCGGAGGAGUUGGUAGCCGCGCUCAACGCCGAGACCUCCACCAAGGACGAAAAACCCGAGCCUUCCAACCCCCACGACCCCCUUUCCGCCCCUUCGACGAAACCCCCGUCCGAAUGGCUGAAAUUGUGCACCAUCAACGCGGAUGAGAAUCGCAAUCUCGCCUCGGCCUUCUCCGUCGAGCGCGCGAAGCUGCCGGUGUCGUAUUUUAUCAUGCACGGGACGAUUAUCGACAAGGUGGUGGGCCCCAUCGCCCCCGCCCGACUUCACGCCAUCCUCGGCAAAUUCCUCGUGCACUAUCAAAGCGAGAUGAAUGUGGAUUUGCUCGCGCGGGGGAGUCGGGCGAGUUUGGCGUCCGGCGGCCGGGCCCCGCCUUUCCCGGCCGCGGCCAGCGCCGACCUCCUCGACAGCGCCGCCACGACCUUUUUAAACGACCAAAACUUCGCCGCGCUUGUCGGGGCGGGCCGGAUUGCCCUCCCGGACGACGCCCCGCUCCUCGAUGGCCUUCGCAAGACGCUCCAACAAACCAAAAAGAAGGCCCACCGCGAAUUGCUCGAGCUCCAUCGCGAGCUCGGGAUGGACAUCCGGCGGCUCUCCGAGCUCGAACACCACGCGCGGUACUUCCAAUCCGCCCCAUUCCUCGCGAUGGCCCUCAGCGCCGCCCUGGAGGGGCUGUUUUUGGCGCGAUGCUACGCCGAUCUGGGGGAUAUUGCCAAAUCCAACGUCGUCUGGGCCCAACAGGCCAUCCAGAAGGAGUUCGAGCCCGUCCUCGGCGAGGCGAAAAUGCGCCGAAUCCUCGUGUUGAUCAACGCGAAUCUCGUCAAAGGGGAGAUUCGACUUGCACUCGCCACCCACGCCUCGAGCCCGCCGGGCUCCUCCUCCUGUUCGGAUUUACGCGAAAGCGUCGAAGGCGAACCCCACAACAACAACGACCCCGAAGGCCGUUUAACGAAUCCACCUCAGGAAGAAAAGGCGAUUUGGGAGGCGAACGCGGCGGACUUGCGCGAGCUUUUGGCGGUGAUCGACCACCACGUGGAUUCGCGAACCGUCGGGGAGGGCUUUCCCGAUGACGUGGUUGAAACGCUUCUCACGAAAUUAAAGGACGAUGUGAAGUGGAGCAAGGUAUCCGGCAGCAGCCCUUCUUCGUCCUCGUCUUCGUUGGAAUUGUUGAAAAGUUUAACACGCCGCCUGGCAACGGAGAGGGUGGAGCAUACCAAAACGGUGUUAACGUGUAUCAUAAACCUUUUCGCCUCGGAUCCGAAGGGGCCGACCGCUCGCUCGAGAUUAUCGUCAAUAUUAUAUUAA